AUGGCUCAAUCAGUACCACAGGACGUUCAACAACGGCUCCUGAUAGACCCCAGUCAACCCACCUUAAUUGCUCCCAAGGCGAGAACUUGUCUUGGCUAUCUCGAAAAGAUAUGUGAUACCUUGCGUAUUAUUACGCCAGACCAAGCGAUUAAGGUUGGUUUUGAACGAAAUACCGCACUUCUUAAUUUCCAAGAUGCCAUUGCAAAAUUCCAAGCAUGGGGUGUUAGUAUUGCUGCCUUUCGUAGCGAAAUGCGCCCAAUGUCCCUCGAUUUUCGACUGCGAGACGCACUUGAUAUUCGAAAACGCCUGUGCCAGGUACUCGAGGAACUUCGGGAAUAUUUAGAAGAUUCAACUCAGAUUGUCUCUGGACAGAGAGUCAACCAUACAUGGGGAGAUAUCACGAGUGACAGCGACUCCGAUGAAGAAGGACAAGAACAAUCGCACGAGGUGGCAAACGCCGCGAAAUCAGGUGAGGUUGAGUCGACUUCAGAGCUUCAGGAAUUGUGCAUUGCCAUCAAUGCUUCUAUCGUGAACCUGAUGAAACUUUCCAUGCUUAUCCGCGAGUCAUCAAAGCGUGAUGAUUACGCCAAAGCGGCUUCUCGGUAUAACACAUGGAACCCAAGUUCAGAUAUCGGCCACGUGCAAGAGAAAUAUGGGUCUGCGAAAGAGAGUAGUGAUUGGAUGCUCAAACGUCUCGGAAAGGCAAUCACAAGGCGACGGCAAUUCUUGACAUAUCGGAAGGAACAUCACGGAAAGUUGACGGGAGAUUGGGGUGAGGAUAUCGAUGUUGUUGAGGAAACGAUUCAAGAGGACAAAAAGCCAGCGAAAUCGAUCGCACAAACUCAAGCCACAACCUUCGUGCCAAGUAUGAUUCCGCCGGAGGAAGACGGGUCGGACGUCGCUUGUUCUUUUGGAUCGCAGACCUCCUAUGAAGCAACUGAAGUCGCCAACGAAGACGGCCCGACCAAGUUGAUGGUCCCCCUUCCGCCAAAGUGGGCUUUCGAAGAUGUGCCAUUCGAGUAUGGUGAGCCUUUUCAGUGCCCCUUUUGCUACACCGAACAGGUAGUAAAGAACAAGAACGCGUGGAAAAAACAUGUGUUCUGGGAUUUGAAACCAUAUGUAUGCACUUUCCAAGAAUGCGCAACGAGAAUGUUUCGCAGCCGCAACGAGUGGUUUACCCACGAGCUUCAGUGUCAUAGACGCGAAUGGGUGUGUCAAUUUUGCCAACACGAUGCAUUUCCGACCGCAGAAAUGUUCUCUAAACACGUAGUUUCUAAGCAUCCAGCUAUUCUAGCUGGAUCAAAGAUAGAGGCCGUGAUAUUACAGAGCGAAGAGCCUAUUGCAAGGAUUCCGGUAAAUGCUUGCCCACUAUGCAAUGAGUGGGAAACGCACCUUUGUGACUCGAAACAGGAUUCAAAGAGACUACUCUUGAAUGAUGGGGAAAUUGUCGAGCCAUAUGGAACUCCCAAGCAAUUUCGAAGACAUCUUGGACGUCACAUGGAGCAACUAGCUUUGUUUGCCUUGCCAGUGAAGGGGAGUGAUGAGUUGGAAAAUGAGAGCCUAGAUGAACAGGAGGAAGAUGACACAGAUCCUGGCGACCAAGAAGACUUACUCAAGCCCCAACCUGAAGGUAUGGAAGGAUUUACAAUUUUUAGUCCGGGUGAUCCAAUGUUCGAGGCUAUUACAGACGACGGCAAUGCCUCAGAGUUCAGCUGCGGCACUAAUAACGAAAGUAAAUAUGAUUUUAAGGACCGAGCACAGCUUGAGAGCGAUAUUCAGCUUGAGAUUGCCAAGAAGCAACUCGAAUCCAACCGCACAGCUACUUCCGAGACCAGCCAUGAGGAUCAACGCAAACUUGACCAGCGUGAUAGUGAUAGUGAGAUUCGGCGUCUUGAAGUCGACCUGCAGAAAUUUAAAAAUGAGGAAGCCGAUGCGCUUGCAAAGGCAGCGAAGAACCCGGAAGCUGACAGAAGGAAGCCUGUCAAGUUCAAGGAUGCUGUGGGCCGUAAAUUCAGCUUUCCUUUCCAUCUCUGUGUGACAUGGGCUGGCAUGGAAGACCUGAUCCGACAAGCAUUCCAAAACGUCGAUGUGGUUGGCCCACAUGUCCAGGAUGGUCAUUAUGACCUCAUUGGUCCGAAUGGUGAGAUCUUAUUACCUCAAGUGUGGGAGACAGUGAUAGAGCCGGAUAUGUCAAUUACGAUGCAUAUGUGGCCAAUGCCUGAACCUUCUAAUCGAGCGAGCGGCCCGCCUCCACCCCCGCCUCCGCCCCCAGCGGGGUUGCCAGGUGGUCCGCGUGGCCCGCGAAAAGUCCCGAGGAAAGGUUUCUUAGGGUGGCAAGGACAAAAACCACUUAUUCCAUUACAAAGAAGAGCCAAAAUGGGUUCCUCGUCCACAGCAGUUGAAACAAGUCAAGCUUUAAACGAUGCUAAGGAUAUAAAAGGUGACAUUAUAGAUGAGGAUAGGGAAGAGUUUGAUCUUCGUCAAGAUAAAGAUCAGGAGGUCGAAGUGAAGAGUACAGGUAAUAGGGCAGUUAAAUCAGAUUUUCCUUAUAUCGAGGAGGUGAUCUGGUCGCCUAAUAUUACCCUUCAAAGUCCCAUCUUGAACAAUAUCAAACAGCCCUUCCUCAAGCAGAUCGAAAGAGUCGUUGCUAGUCUGGUAGUACGCUCUUAUUUUAGCGAAGCUGCAGCUGUUCUGUAUAGCGCUGCUGGUAUGCUGUGA